AUGGAUGAAUCUGAGUGGACGUGCGAGUGGCAGUCUCAUCGGGAUCUUAUUCAGGGCGUCAUAAGCGUAGAUUAUUCACGCCUCAUCUUUCUGAACGACGUUAUUUGUAUUUUAGGACUGGGUACACCACCAAUGUUUGGUGAUUUCGAAGCUCAACGCCACUGGAUGGAAUUGACGAUACAUUUACCCAUUGACAAAUGGUAUGUGAAUGGUAGUGAUAAUGAUCUGAAUUAUUGGGGACUUGAUUAUCCACCUCUCACGGCUUUUCACAGUUUUGUGCUCGGCAAAUUGUUAGUACAUUUCCAAUACAAUCAUGUAUCGCUGGGAUUAUCACUGUUCGCAGUGCUGUGCUUGACGUUGAGAUGGCGAGUGGCUGCAUGUGCGCUGUUUGUGAUGGCGCUGAAUUUCAAACAAAUGCAACUCUACCAUUCGUUGCCGAUCGCCGCUUUCCUCUUCUCUACGUCCAUUCAUUCAACCUCAUCGACUCUUCGAAACAUCACAUCAACGUUUCUUUUCUCAUUUCCUUAUUCUUUUGACAAGGUGGCAAAUUUAUGGUGUGCACUAAAUGUUGUGGUGAAACUGAAAGGUUAUGACGCAACUGGUUUGAUCAAGUUGAGCACAGUUUGUGUGCUGUGUGCACAUAUCCCAUGCAUACUUGCAUUGUUAUUACGUCCGGAUGCAUCGAACUUCAAGAAUGCAUUGUUCGUGUCGAGUUUAUCAUUCUUUUUAUUCUCAUUCCAAGUUCAUGAGAAAUCGAUCCUAUUGGCUGCUGUGCCGGCUCUCAUCAUUUGGAACGAUCGACCAGUGACCAUUUCAUGGUUUUUGAUUAUCACAAACUGUAGUGGUAAAAAUGAAUUUGUUUCUUUGCAGUGGACGAUAGUACAUUCGAGCUGUUUGGCAAGUGUUACACUAUGUGCUGCGAGUCUGGUUAUAUCACCUCCUAAACGAUAUCCAGAUAUAUUCCCAUUGUUGAAUGCCAUCUUUUGUUGUGCCCAUUUCGUGAUGUUUCUGAUUUAUUUCAACUACUUGAUCGUUACCCAUACAUAUGCUGUCAUUGGAACUGAUAAGCAUAGAGUGAAGUUGGAAUAA